AUGACAAUUGCAAUCAAGAUAAUUGAUGUUGCAUUAAGAGAUGAUUUUGGAUUUAACCAUUUAUUGUGGGUAUAUUCAGGUAGACGUGGUGUUCAUUGUUGGGUUUGUGAUGAAAUUGCCAGAAAAUUAGAUGACAGUGAGAGAAAGGCUAUUGUAUCAUACUUGGAAGUUAUUAAGGAUCAAGAUGUUUUGAAAGAUGAAAAUUGUUGGAAUAAAGUAUUAGGAUGUAUUCCUAAUGAAGAAAUAAAAAACACUUUAACAAAACAUUGGUUGGAAAACCCAUCACAAACAUCUUCAGAUAGGUGGAAAAAUAUAACAGAUGAAUUAAAUAAAAAAAAUUUACCAAUGUGUAAAAAUGAAAUCAUUCUUCAAUAUGCAUAUCCAAGGCUUGAUAGAGCAGUAUCAACAACAAUUAAUCACUUAUUGAAAAGUCCAUUUUGUAUACAUCCUGAUACAGAAACUUGUGAUGAUUUUGAUCCAUUAAGCUCACCAACAGUUAGACUGUUGAUUGAUGAAUUGGAAAGAGCACAUGCUAUACAUCCAGUUACAAAAGAUUUUUAUUCAAAAACAUCUUUGAAAUCUCAUAUAAAAUAUUUUAAUGAAUUUUUCAGACAACUUCCAAAAGAAGUUCAUGCAGCUUUUGAAUUUUAA